CGAUUGAAAGUUGAAAUGUGUGAAGAAGAAAUGAGGAGAAGAGGAGUAAUUGUGACUCAAUUUGACUAAUGAACUCCAUUUCGAUUAUUAUUUUUUCGGUAGAAUAGAUCCUCAAAAUAGGUUAAAUCGGUACAAUUUUGUGACCCAAGCAGUUCUAUUGAUUCGAUCUUUCACCUUGCAGAUCGCGUCACGAAAAUGGCAGAAGACUUGACCAACGUGUACGACAUUUUGUUUCCCAGUCCACCAACUCUCAAAGAAAUCGCUGCAAUCUCAAUCGCUUUUCGAUUAUGGCGCCAAGAAAUCAACUCACAUCGUAUUAAGAACACUUUGAAUCAGCUCAAUCCGGAACAAAAUAUUCUUUCGAGUGGCUCACUGCCUCGUAUACCACCUUCGAUUAUUUUCUUUAUUGAAAUAUACAUCAGAAGGGCCGGUUCGUCAAUCAGGCAGUGGCUGUAUGAUCAUGGUAUUAACUCAAAACGGAACAUAUUCGGAAGAGAAAUUUUUAACGAUUUCAUUGACUUUGUUGAAGACUUCGACGGUUCAAUUGAUUAUGUGAAGACAGCCAGACGACUUGUGCUAUGUGAUCGAAUUGACAAAAUUUUGAGAUUUAAAAUUGCUUGUUGGUAUUGCUUCGAAGAUGAUAUUUCACAGAUUUGGCGUUCAGUAUCAAAUGAUGUUAGGCUUACGAACGUUUCAUCUUCUCCGAUUCCUCUACCUGACUAUUGGAUAUGCAAAUUGAAAGAUGAACUAUACAUGUUACGUUUCUCAUACCGGGUUACCAUGUCCCUCGAAGAAAACAUUUUCCGCAAUAAUUUUCCCGCUUGGUCCUCACUGGAAUACUUUUGGAAUCAUUUAGGUGUUGCUAGUCGAAUGCGAAUAGCCAAAGCGCCUCCUGUAAAUUUUGUAAAGAUCUUUAGUAGAUAUUUGCUACCUAAAUUUAAUGAGCUAGAGCUUGAUGAAUUUGCCAAAGAACAGGGGUACCGGUUCAUUGCUACAUUGUUGUCAUGUAAGUGUACCUCUGACGACGAUUUUCAAAGCAGAGCGUUUUAUUUUAGAGCAAUGUGGGUACUCGUUAAAAACAGAAUGAAUGGUGACGUGCUAUUUCGCCUGAUUAGAAGAAUUGUUCGAAUGCUGUAUAACCUACAAGAACCAAUUGAUACAUCUGUCUACUGUGAGUUAUGGAAUACGAUACCAGAUAAUGUGAAACCUGAAGUAACUCGUGCUAUCUCGGAAGAAAAUUCACUGUUUACGCCAGGAUUUUUUUACGAGUUAAUAGAUUUACAUAUACAAAGUUCAGGUUUACUUGAUUUUUUAUUCACCAUGCUAUCAGACGCAUCGAUCGAAGAAAAAAAAACAAUUUUGGAACGAAAAUUGGCGCAAGUUGAUCAAAGUAAUGGACCCAACACAGCUGAAUCAGUUGUUGAGCUUAUGCUUUAAUGUUGAUGAAAAUAAAAUCGCUGAGUUUAAAACCACCACUUUGGCUGAAUUAGAAAAUAUCAGAGGAAGGUGCUCAAAAUUACUCAACUACUUAAGGUUUGAAGAACUAAACGAUUUUUUGAGUUUUUGCUACCCUGAUGAGCAAACACGUAAAACUGUAAAAGUGAACUUACUAACGGAAGAGUUCAAGCUUAAAGUAGUCAACCUUAAGAAGGUAUCUCCUCUAUUGAUAGAUUUCAUCAACGAUGCUUACGACAACGUUGAUCUUGCUACAGAUUUCAGAACUCAGUUACUAUUUUCUCCUUCAGCUAUGGAAACAUUCAGAGUAUUUACUCAUGCAAACAGCUAUGAAAAUUUUCAUCAUAUUUCGUUAGUUAUCGACAUAAUAGCACCGUCAGAGCAAAUUGCGCGCGAUUUCAAAAAACUUCACAUAUUUCCUAUGUUUGAGCCAAAAUUGCAUUCUGGCUCUUUAGUCGUGUCUGCUGAAGGUGAAUUUUUAAAUUUUUUGCACGAGUGUUUGGGAAGUGAUGAAGAAAUAGCACGAUUUAAGCAGACUUUGUCUAUGGACGAAAUUGUUCAAAGAAUGAUUCGGAUCGAAAUGGUAUCACAUGGUGGUCCGAAGUUUAAUCCUUUCUUGGAACAACUUCUAGAUUGGUAUUUCGACACUCCACAGGCGCUCGAUGAGUUUAAAGCUAGAUAUGCUGAUGAUGUUGUGUUUGUGAAGUUGACUACUCGUAAGUGAAUAAGUAAGAAAUUUACCUGGGUAGAUACUUGAAAGGUUUUUAUGUAGAAUUGUCAUAAUAUUUUAAUGAAGGGUACCUACUGUUAAGCUAGUUACGAGUAGUUAGGUAGAAAGAUAGGCGGCAUUUAUAGGCGAAUGGGUUUUCCCUGUAUUUACCCAGGUGAAAAACAUGGCUUUAUGCUGUUUCUUUUCUACACAGACGCUUCUAAUACUGGUUGUCCAGUUCCUCCUCCUUCCCCUUCAGGCAGCUUGUAUGUUGCUCGCCAACAUAGCUGUUGUGCGUUUUGGCGGGAACGAAUCAGACGCUUUCCCAGUUAUAUUAGUACUACCUAGCUGGUUCCUCUGGAUCUAGUCUGGCUGCAUGCCAACUUUCAUUAUUUAUACCUACACGUAGUUUUAUGAGUAGUUUUACACUGUGUAGAGUAGAUUUUUAUAAAGUAGAAUUUCUCGAGAUGUAAAUUUAUAACUUUAAAGUACCUACGUAUUUAAUGGAUGGAUGGAUAGUUUAUUAGUAGUUUGUUUUCCUUUAAAUAGUAGUGCAUAGAUUUUCAGUAGCAAUGUCUAUAGCUUUCAGUAUAUAGUUCACUUUUUUGAAGUGUAAUAUUUCAUAAAUUAAAAAGUGUUAAAAUGGAGAAAAUUUUGUGUUCGUUCGUUUUAACCCGAAGAGUACCUCAUGCUACAUAAUUUAUGUUGUUGUGUUUGCAUGCCUACUUUAAACUGGACGUUGAGUUUUUGUGGUUUUGUUAAAGAAGUCGUCAGUAGAUCGCGUCACGAAAAUGGCAGAAGUCUGGACCCACGUGUACGACAAUUUGUUUCCCAGUCCACCACCUCUGAAAGAAAUCGCUGCGAUCACAAUCGCUCUCCAAUUAUGGCGCCAAGAAAUUUACUUGUAUUAUAUUAAGAACGCUUCGGGUCAGCCUAAUCUGGAACAAGAUAUUGUUUCGAGUGACCCACUGCCUCGUAUACCAGCGACGAUUAUUUCCUUUAUUAAAAUAUACAUCAGAAGGCUCGGAUUGUCAAUUAAGCAGUGGCUAGACGAUCAUCGGAAAUUUCAACAGAAUAUAUUCGGAAACGAAAUUUUGAACGAUUUCAUUGAUUUUGUUGGAGACUUCGACGGUUCAAUACAUUAUGUGAGGACAGCAAGACGACUUGUGCGAUGUGAGCAAAUCGACAAAAUUUUUAGAUUUAAAUUAGCUUGUUGGUAUUGCUUCGAAGAUGAUAUUGUGCAGAUUUGGCCUUCAGUAUCAAAUGAUGUUAAGUUUUCAAACGUUUCAUUUUCAUCGGUUCCUCUGCCGCACUAUUGGAUGUGCAAAUUGAAAAAUCAACUGUAUAAGUUACCUCGCCCAAACGUUGCUGGCCAGUCCGUCGAAAAACAAAUUUUCCGAAAUGACUUUUCUUCUUGGUCCUUGAAGGAAUAUUUUUGGAAUCGGUUAGAUGUUGAUACUCGAAUACGAAUUCCCAAAGAACCUCGUGUAAAUUUCGCCAAGAUCUUUAUUAGAUAUUUGCUACCUAAAUGUAAUGAGCUCGAGCUUGAUCAAUUUGUUAAGGAAGGAGUGUACAGGUUAAUUCCUGCAUUAUUGAAGUGUCAGGUUGGCUGUACUAACGACGAUUUCCAAUGCAGAGCGCGUUAUUUCAGAGCAAUGUGGGUACUCGUUAAAAAUAGAAUGAGUGGCGAAAAGAUAUUUCGCCUGAUUAAAAAAAUUGCUCAAAUGCUGUAUAACUUACGAGAACCUAUCGAUACGUCUGUGUACUGCGAGUUGUGGAAUACGGUACCAGAUCAUGUGAAACCUGAAGUAACUCGAGCUGUCUCGGAAGAAAAUUCAUUGUUUCGGGUAGAAUAUUCUCGUGAAAAAGUAGACAUACAUAGUUCAGGUUUAUUUAAUUUUUUGUUCACCAUGCUAUCAGAUGCAUCGGCAGAAGAAAAAAACCUAUUUUGGAGCAAAAAUUGGCGCAUGUUGAUCGACAUAGUUAAUGGGCACAAGUCAGCUGAAUCAGAUGUUGAGCUUAUGCUUUGAUGACAAUGGAGAUAAAAUCACCGAGUUCAAAACGACCUCUUUUACUUCAUUUGAAAAUAUAAGAACGAAGUGUGCAAAGUUACUCAACAAUCUCUCCUUCGAAAAACUAAACGAACUUUUGAAUUUUUGCUAUCCGGAUGAGCAAACAUGUAAAAGUAUAAGACUGAACUUCUUAGUGGAAGAUUUCAAGCUGAAUUUUAGUAACCUUAAGAAGGUAUCUCCUCUAUUGAUAGAUUUCAUCAACGAUGCUUACGACGACGUUAAUCUUGCAACAGAUUUCAAAACCCAGCUGCUAUUUUCUCCCUCUACUUUACAAUUGUUUGGACAAUUGGAGUUUAAUACCUAUCACCGUGCUAUACUAUCUGCUGUCGACAUAAUAGCGCCAUCACAACAAAUUGCGAGUGACUUCAAAAAACUUCAUAUAUUUCCUAGUUUUGAGGGAAAGUUACGUACUGGAUAUUUAUUUGCGUUUGCUGAAGGUGAAUUUUUGAAUUUUUUGCUCGAAUGUUUGGGAAGUGAUGAAGAAAUAGCGAGAUUUAAAGACACUUUGUCUAUGGAUGAAAUUGCUCAAAGUAUGAUUCAGACCGCAAUAACAGUAUAUGGCGGUCCAAAGUAUAUUCCUUUUUUGGGACAACUAUUAGAGUGGUAUUUCAACACGCCACAUGCGCUCGAAGAGUUCAAUGCUAGAUAUGCCGAUGAUGAUGAGUUUGUGAUGUUGACUACUCGUAAGUGAAUAAGACGUAUACGGUUUACCUGGGUACAUGUUAAAAAAAAUUUUUGUGGAAUUGUCAUAAGUCAUAAUACAUAUUUUAAUGAAGGAUACUUCAUCUCAAAUGUAGAAUAUAACCUAUGUACAUAUUUGUAUCUGAUAUGUGAGUUGAUCAGCUUUUUAAAAAUUAUCAGUAGGGCUAGGAUUUUUAUGAUAAUGCUUUUUUUUUGUAGCAACACCCUAUACGGCAUAAAUAUAUUUUCUUUGCGUUUCAUUCCAUUCUGAGGCGAAUGGUGAAAGUUUAUAGUGCUUUUUUUUUGCUUUUUUUGGGUGUAAAUGCUUUAAAAUGCUUAUUUUGGGCCAAAAAGGCGGAAAUUUUGCUUUUUUGGGGCUUUAUCUCGUCGUUAGUGCUUUUUUUGGUAAAAAUUUGGUAAAAUUGAAGAAAUAAGUUCCAAAAUUACAGAAGUUUAUCAACUUUUUGCACAUUUUUGAAAAAAAAAAAAAAAUGUUGAAAAACGAUUAGUUUAAAAAAACAAGGUAGCAAAAACUAAAAAAUAACAAAUUCAGUUUUUAUUUUUCAAUUUUUAUUUUUUAAAUGUUUUUUUCAAUUUUUAGUUUCGGUUUUUUCCUUUUUUUUUCAUUUUCUUCUUUUCGUUCAUUUUGGUUCAAGUUGUAGAUAUACUUAUUCAAGGAAAGUAUCUUGCUGGGUUUGAAAAAACCUUCAUUUUGAUAUGUAACAUGGUAGGAUUUGAUAGCGCUUUUUUUUGCUUUUUUCUUACAUUUUUAUUGCUUUUUUAUAGCGCUUAAAACGUGUUUGAUAGCGCUUAAAAAUCCUAGCCCUAAUUAUCAGUUAUGUAAUCAGUAUAGGUACAUAUAUGCAAUAUUAUCCAGAAAAGAAAACUUCUUAUACCUACUUCGUACUUAUGUAAAACUUUUUAAAAAUUUCAACCCACGAGUAGGUAUACGUACGAACGUACCUACCUAUUCUUAUUGUAAGUUGUUAUGUUUACUGUUUAUAUACCUACCUAUUUCUUUUCGUAUAAUGAAUUUUCGAGUACCUAAUAAAAAGUACUGAACAUUAA